UUCAUUGAAACUACAAAAAUUGAAUAUUGAUGUUAAAAAAAUACAAGAAAAUAUUGAAAUGACACAAAAAAUAUUAUCAAAAAAUCAAUCCAAGUUUAAUAAAGCUGAAGCUGAUGAAAAAAAACGUCUUAGAAAUAUUGAAAGUCUUGAAUUACAGUUGGCUGAUUUGUCAUCAAUAAAAAAUAAUUUCAUCAAGGAAUUAUCAAACAAGAAUAUUCAAUUGAAUGAUGAUGAUCGAAAAAAUUAUUUACAACUUCGUGCCAAGGUAUCAGCAAAACGUGAUGAAUUAAAUCCAAAUAAUCAAAUUGAUCAACGUAAAAAAAAUUAUAUUGAACGUAAAUUAACAUAUGAAAAAAUACAACUUGAUGAAAUAAAUUUGAUACUUUCACACAAGCUAAAUAUGAAAGAGACAUUAAAAAAAAAUGUUUUACAACUUGAGACAGUUAAACGACAAACACAAGAAAAUUUGACUCAAGUUCAUGAAAAACUUGAUGGAAUGAAAUCAAAAAUAUUAUCCGAAGACGACGUUGAAGGUUUAAAAACCCAACUAGAAGAAAUACAAAUGAAAUUAAAUGAUUUAAAUAUUGCCAGUGAAUAUAAAAAGAAACAGCAAAAAAAUCAAACUAUAAUUAAUAUAUUAAAGAAAAAAAUUGAUGGAGUUCAUGGAAGAUUACAUGAAUUUUGUCAACCAAUUGAUAAACGUUAUCAAACAGCAAUGGGAAAAGCAUUUGGUAAUAAAUAUUUUGGUAUUAUUGUUGAUGAUUCAACAACUGCAGCAACAUGCAUAAAGUUCUUGAAAGAACAUCGUAUGUCACCACAGUUAUUUAUUCCAAUGGAUAAUAUUAAAUGUACUCCAUUGAAAGAACAAUUGAGAUCAAUCAAAGAUUUAAAAGACGUACAUUUGCUUAUUGAUUUAUUGAAAUAUGAUGUUAAAUAUAAAAAUGUUGUAUUAAAUGCAGCUGGAUCAACACUUGUUUGUCGUAAUACUGAUGAUGCACGUAUUGUUGCUUUUGAAACAACUAAAAUGAGAAAUGAUGAAACACGUGAAUACUUGGAUGCUGUUUCAUUGGAUGGUGUAUUUUUUAGAAAAAAUGGAUCAUUUUCAGGUAAAGGUAGUGAUUUUGAUAUGAUAAAACAUAUUGAAAAUUCAAAAGAAUUUAAUGAGUUGACACAAAAAAAACGUGAAUUAUUAUUAAAAUUAUUGGAGCAUAAUAAUUCAACAUCAUCAAUGGCAAUGUCGACAAUCAAAGAACAAGAACAAUUAUUAUUGACUUAUAAAAAUCGAUCAAGUUAUUGUGAAGGUAAUUUGGCCAAGAUUGAAAAAAAAUUACACGAGCUGGAGCUAUCAAUUAGUGAAUUAAAUGAACAGAAAAAAAAUACACAAGAUAAUUUAAAAACAUUAGAACAAGACUUGAAAAAUUUAGAUGAAGAAAUGACAAAUGAAGGAGAAAAUUUAGAUACUCAAAUUGCUCAAUAUGAAAAAGAAAUAUUUACUAAUUUUUGUAAACAAAAAAAUAUUGACAACAUUAAAGAGUUUGAAAAUUUUAUCAGUUUAAUAGAAAAAAAGCAUGAAAAACUUGAAGAUUUGAAUGAUCAAUGCAGUCGUAUUGAAGAGCUUUUAAAAUAUGAACGUGCCAACAAAAGCAUCAUUGAAAAAAUAUCAAGUUAUGAAGAUAAACUCCAGGAACUUGGAGAUAAAAUUACUGAAAUGAAUGACAUACGUAAUUCAUUGCAAGAUGAAAUUAAAAUUAUUAGCAUUGAACAAAGUGCACUGGAGAAUCAAUUAAAAGAAGACAAAAAAAAAAUUGCACUGUAUUCUGCUAAAAUUUCUGAAUUAUCAUUAGAUCUUGAACAAACAACUCAAAAAAUUAUAAAACUUGAAAAUGAAAUUGAUAAUUAUCGUCAUAAAAAAUUGGAAAAAUUACGUGAAAAACAUGACUUGUUAUUAAAAGCAAAGAUACAGAGUAUUGAUUUACCAAUGUUAAAAGGAAAUCUUGAUGAUUUAUUUUCCGAUGAUUCAUCACAAGAUUCUUGGCAAAAUAUUCAAGAACGUGAAUUUCAAUUAAAAUUUGAUUACAGUAUAUUACCAGACAACCAAUUGAAUGAAAUAAAUUCAUUGAAUAUUAAUCUAAUUAAAGAAAAAUAUCAAAAAGAUUUGUCUGAUAUUGAAAAUGAAAUUGGUGAAACAACAAUACCAGAAGCUCAUGAUAAAUUAAAAAAUGUUGAUUUAAAAUUAAAACAUUUAAGAACACAAAAAUUACAACAUGCCAAAAAAUUAAAUGAAAAAAUGAGAAAAUUUGAAUUAAUUAAAUGGAAAAGAGCAGAUAAAUUUAAUAAAUUUUUCAAGAAUGUUGAAGAAUCUAUUGGUGAAAUUUACAAAACACUAAGUGGUGAAACUGCUGCUCAAGCAGUAUUGAUGCUUUACAAUCCAGAAGAGCCAUAUCUUGAUGGAAUUGAAUAUGAAUGUUGUCCAUCAAAUAAACAACGUUUACCAAUGUCAUCAUUUUCUGGUGGUGAAAGAACAAUUGCCGGUUUAUCAUUAUUAUUUUCUUUACGUUCAGCAUUACCACCACCAUUUUUAAUAAUGGAUGAAAUUGAUGGACCACUUGAUAAACAUCAUUUUAAUAAUUUGAUUAAGUUUUUCAAUACCAUCAAAGAAAAACAACAAAUUAUAUUAAUUUCAUUGAAUGAUAAAAUAUUUUCAAAAAGUGAUGUUGUCAUUGGUGUUAUGAAGAAAAUUUGUGAUUUCGAGGAUCCUAAAUCACAAGCUUUCAACAUCAAUCUCGAGGCAUAUCCACAAGACUAGUCUACUGCACUAUGUCACGUAUUUUAUUUUUAUUUUUAUUUUUAUUUCAAUAUAAAUAAGUAUCUGGUUUGAAUUUCAAUAAUAUUUUUUAGUAUUUAAUUUAUAAUAUUUUUAUCGUCAUUUGUUUAUGGAGGGAACAAAAAGUGUCAAUUAUUACAUGAUACAAGUAU